UGCUCUCUUUUUGAUUUGAUUUUAGCAUCAGUAUGGGAUUCACAUCGAAAAGUUUUAAAUAAAAUGUUCCUUAUGAAUAAUAUAAAGUCACAUAUGGAUGUAUUUGUUAAUCAUUCUAUCGCAUUAAUGGAAAAAUUAGAAACCUUUGUUGGAGAAGAAUUAGACAUUUUUGAUUAUGUCUUUCGCUGUACUUUGGAUAUAAUAUAUGAUGUCAUGCUGGAUACGCAACUAAAUUCGCUGACAAAUCCGGAUUGUAAAUUAGCUGAAUCAAUAAGAGGUAUGAUGGAUAUAUCAACAGAAAGAAUCCUUAAAUUAUGGUUACAUCCGAAUAUAAUUUUUUAUAACACUGCUAGUGGAAAGAAAUUUCAGGCGUGCGUGGCUUACCUAGAUAAUAUAACAAACAAGAUAAUCAAAGAAAAAAUGGAAUCUAUGUUAAGAAGUAAAAUUAAUCGAGAAUUGACGGCGGAAAAAUUAGGCCAAAAACAGAAGACUCUUUUCGAUUUUUUAUUUGAGUUAUCAAACGAAGGAGAAGUAUAUACGGAGAAAGAUAUUCGCGAUGAAAUGAAUACAAUAAUUAUAGCUGGAAGCGAAACUUCAGCCACAACCAUUAGCUUUGUCCUCUUAAUGCUUGCAACAUUCCCGGAAAUUCAAGACAAAGUAUAUGAGGAAGUAAAUCAUAUUUACUGCUCCGACGAUCCGAAAUGUGUUCCAAUGACAUAUAAUGAUAUUAAAAGUAUGAAAUUUUUGGAACGUGUGAUCAAGGAAACGUUACGUCUCUUUCCUGCAGGUCCUGUCAUCGCCCGGAAAGUAAAGCAAGAUAUAAAAGUUACUAAAAAUUGGACUAUACCAAAAGGAUGUUCAGCAGUAUUUCUCAUCUAUAAACUACAUAGAAGCGCGAAAUAUUGGCCACGGCCAUUAGUAUUUGAUCCCGAUAGGUUCCUACCGGAAAGGAAUUGUUCUACGUAUUACUUUCCAUUUAGUUAUGGUCGAAGGAAUUGCAUAGGUCAACGUUUCGCUAUGCUGGAGAUGGCAACAGUCAUCGCUACACUGAUAAAAAGAUUUAGAAUUACAAUAAAUAAUCCAAUAGAAGUUGCAAAAAUAGAUGUAGAGUUGAGCAUCACAUUAAAACCGACGGAACCAAUAAGAUUAAAAUUUGAUGAAAGAAAUUAA